GAACGGAGACACAUCUCUAUUGAGGUUUAAACUAACGUUGACGGAGAGACGGACGGCAAUUGGAGUAUCUUGGCAUCAUACCCUCGGCGACGCAGCUGUCCUUCACCGUUUCAUGCACACCAUCUCCAACUUUUACCUCCGUCUCGAUGCUCCUUACCCACUACCAUUAUUCAGCAAACCUCAAUUUCCUCCCCCGACUGAUGAAGACAUGAAGGAGUAUCUAGACCAAAUGCCACAUCUCAAGCGGACAUACCCUGUCGCAGAGCUAGGCUCACGAUACGCCGAGAUGAACAGAGGCGUGGUCCGCGUCGACGUUUGUGUUCCGGGCUACAAGCUGAGGCAAAUGCAGAGGAAGGCGAAUGAACUUCUUGUGGGGAAUCGGGCGCCGGAAGGCAAUUCUAAGGGCGGCAGUACGGAUGACAGGGUGAAACUGUCGAGGCAGGAUGUGUUGACGGCGUGGAUUGUGAUGGCGCUGAAUAAGGUAUUAGAGAGUCCGAUAGAGACGCUGACGAAUGCUGCUAGUUAUCGCAACCUUAAUGUUCCCUUUGCGGACGCAAACCUUGCCGGAAACGAGAUAUACAUCGCCAAAUGUCCUCCGUGGCCUGCCCAACUCUCGAAUAACCUCUGCGGUCUGGCCCUCACCAUUCACAACUCCAUAUCCGAAAGCCGUAAAGCCGAGAAUCUGAGAAGAUGGAUGUCAGUGGCCAGCCAUGCCAUGCUCGAGGCUUCCAAUACAGACCACUCGAUGUUUUUCGAAGUGGUCCCUGGAAUGAUGACGGUUAAUUCGCAACUUUCGUAAGUCUCGUCUUUAAGCUCCUAUCGUUGGCCAAAAGCUUUUGAUGGCAAUCUCGCUGUGUCGACCAGGAUUAACAGAAGAGAUGUGAGCUUUGGAGUUCCAGAGUCGGCGUGCUUUUAUACCAUGGGGGUCACAGAUAGGUAUUUGAGAGUUUACCUUUCCAAUCCCACCAUUUCGAGUGCGGCAAGCUCAGGGGAAAGCGAGGACGUGGACGUCUGCUUUGGGAUUCAAGAGCAUCUGAAG